GGUAGGGGAGAGGUGCGGGGCACUCGGUGAGGAGCCGGCGUCGCGGCUCUCGAAGCUCGGCGGCGACAACAGGGGAGGAGGGCGGGGAGGCGAAGGACGCGCUGAGCCGCAGCAGGGAUGAGGGGAGACUCAUACUUCUUUGGAAUGCGAGGCCUGGGUCACUAUGGCUGCAUCCCAGAGGAUGGAGGACAGUUCUUGCUCUACUCUAUACACGGAGACAACAAUUUAAAGAGAUGUUUUGCAGAGGAAGAUUUUCAUGAAAUAAUUGACUUCAAUGAUCUCCCGAAUUCUCUCUUUGCUUGUAAUGUUCACCAGUCUGUGUUUGAAGAUGAGGACAGUAAGGAGAAAUUUGAAGGCUUGUUCCGUGCCUAUGAUGACUGUGUGACAUUCCAGCUGUUUAAAAGCUUCAGGCGUGUGAGGAUAAAUUUUAGUAGUCCCAAAUCAGCUGCUCGUGCCAGAAUAGAGCUGCAUGAAACACAGUUCAGAGGGAAGAAGUUAAAGUUGUAUUUUGCACAGAUUCAGACCUCUGAGACAGAUGGAGACAAGCUUCAUCUGGCACCACCACAGCCUGCAAAACAGUUUCUCAUCUCGCCUCCAGCCUCCCCACCUGUAGGGUGGCAACCAAUAGAUGAUGCAACACCUGUCAUCAACUACGACCUCCUUUAUGCAGUUUCUAAGCUAGGACCAGGGGAGAAAUAUGAGCUGCAUGCAGGAACAGAGUCCACUCCCAGUGUGGUAGUGCACGUCUGUGACAGCGACAUGGAAGAAGAUGAGGACCCAAAGAAUUCUCCAAAGCCAAAAAUCAUCCAAACUCGACGCCCUGGUCUGCCCCCUCCUGUAUCUCACUGAGCCUCUCUGGCAGAAGCAGCACUUCUCUCCUCCAGCACAGCUCUUGGUUUUUUUUUUUGUUUGCUUUGUUUUGUUGAAAGGCAGCCAUUGCCUUUUGAGAACCAGGACAUUAAACCCAUUGAAAUCCCUUCACAGUAAUCAAGCCUAUGUAAUAAAAGGGCUGAGAAAAAGAUCUUUAUAUAUGUAAGCAUAUCACACACCAACUAAUAGGUAUUUCUAGAAAGGAGGAAAGAAGGCUGAAGAUUCAAGGGAGGGUUUCAGUCUGAGGAUUUUUUCACAGCUAUAAUUCACACACUGAAACACCACUACCAGAGAGAUCAUUCAGGGUGGGCAAUUGAGCUGAUAUCAGGCUUGAUAUUCAAACUUCCAAAAUACUUGCUACUGCCCUUCACCAAGCAGCCUGCUCCUCUGACCUCCUCAGCAGACCUGAGUCUUUUUCCUCUUUUUUCCCCUCUUUUUUCCUCCCCCAUGAUGUGUAUCUGUGUCUUGUUUUUAUCUAUUAGUAGUUUGGUGGUCUUUUCAUUCCCCUGAAGUUUUCUCUUAAGGAAUACUCUCUGACACACUUUUAGAAAUAGCAGACCCUCUUCCAUCAAUAGCUGUAGAGUACACUGGUCCUUAAUGGUAACAGGGAUGUGAGACAGAGCUCUCUGGGCUGAGGGGAGAGGCAGCAGCUUGCUGGGGGGAACUGAGGUCUUUCAGUCUUUCUCUCCUAAGGAGGAGGGAGCCAGAAUAUCAGUAGGAAUUGCAAUUUUAUCUUCUAUAAAGGUAUGAGUGGUAUUUCUCUCUGACUUUGGGGAAGAAAGAGAGAAGCUGACUGCUCAUUUAAGAUGGGAUUCAUUGCUCUCAGUCAUUGCUGUGAGUUCCAGUAAUGAUACAGGCUGAAUGCUUUCCUAGUGGUGUGUUGAAUAGCCCUGAAACCCUUAGUAAUUAUUUGUACAUGCAGGUCUGUUCAGACCUUUUUCCUCCCCACUUCUUGUGCUUUAAAACCCUUUUUGAGCUGUAUGCAUUUUGGGUUUGUGGAGGUGAGGAGAGGUUAGUUGGUGUUCUUUUGUUCAUUUUUUUCCUCUCUCUCUCUUUUUUUUUUUGGCCAAAGAAAACAGGACCAUAAUUACACACUUGAAAUCAAGCUGCAUGCAAUUGAAUCCCCAUUUUUUUUUUCACUCUGUCUUGCAUGUUUCUUUCACUUGCAGUGUAUACUGGGUUAAGAAAAAAAAUGUUCUGUGUUUUCAUCAUGGCUGACAGCAGACAGACACUGGAUUCCCUGUCUGGCAGAUCUUCCAUGAUGAUUUUUUUUUUUUUUAAUGCGUACUUGUCUUUUUGAGAACAUAUUUUCUAGACAUUUGAGCUCAGACUUUGCAUAUAGUUAAGCAUGCGCUUAAUUUAUGCACAUGAGUAGUUCCACUGAAAUUAAUACUGCAGAAAACUGAGCAUAUGUGUAUGAUACAGUGGGAUUUUUAAGCUAACUAGCUGCAGGUGUACUCCCAAAAGUGACUAUAAAGUGGCACACUGAGAUUCCACAGUUUAAAAUCCUUUGUAAGUUAAAAUAAGUCAACAAAUCUUGGAAGCUCAUUCUAGGAUCGGAAAAGCCAGCUUAGGUUCUGUCAUUAAGAUUAUCAUAAAACCUAAUGAUCUGGUUUCUGAGGGAGGGUUCCAUCCCAUGAUCAAUUAGCAGUGAGGCUAAAAGCUUCAGCAGAGUCCUUUUCCCCUUGCAGAGGUGCUGGCUCUGCAGUACUUCCAGGAAGGAAAGCAGGUUGCUUUGGCAGAGAAGAGGAAGAUGCCAUUCCCAACUUGUGUGGUGAGGACAUUCUGAGAAUGAGGGCUUUGCCAUUCUCAUAUAAGUCAUUCUCUGACCACACCACAGCCCCCUAAUACUCCUGUUGAGAUGUAGUGCUUUACUUAGCAUAUAUUUAUAAUGUGAUACUUGUUACUGCAUUAUGGACAUUACUGUGCGUGUGUUACACCAAUAGGAGCACAUUAAAUACAGCAGAGACUGAAGGAAAAAUGGGGUUUUGGUAUCCUCACAAUAUCUGUGUAAAGUUGUCAUGAAACAGCUCCUUAGAGAUGUCACUUCAAUUACUUUUUCUGUGUUAAAUUUAGGAUUGGCUUAAAUAAAUAAAUCGUCACUCACUGCCCUAGGACUGUAACCUGAUGUUCCUGUUGAAAAUACUCUCCUGAACCACUUAAAAUACUUCAGGAGUAACAUCAUGAUGUCUUUUAAGAACAUACAGAAUGCUGAGGUCCAUGAGGUUUAAUCAGUAUAAACAGGGAGAGUAACUUCUAAAUACCUAAGGUUUUGAUUUUUUUUUUUUUAUAUAUGCUGUGUGGAAGAAUUUAAUGGUCACAUCCUCAGCUGAUGUAAGUGAUCAGACAUCAUCUCCAGCCCAAGUUAAUACUCUGGAUUUUUUUUACAUGCAGAAGUGUUGGAGGCAAAUCUAGUCCUUCUAUCCUUGUACUCAAACUUCAGAGAGGCCUGAUUCUGAACUCAAAUGAUGUAAAAAUAUAUUGCAAAUUAAAGCAUUGGAUCUCAAAUGCUCUUUCUUCAAAAUACAUCUCAGACAGAUUUAAAAACAGACCCCAUGCAUAAAACUGUAGUGCAGCUACAGACCUAAAACUCAAAGCAUAUGUGUCACCCUCAUAUGGUAAAAUAACAGACACCAUAGGAAAAUAUUUCUGGCAUUAUAGAAUUAAGUCCCUAUCAUAAAAGUGACAGCAAUCAUGACUCCUCUUAAGAGAGCCUGGUAUUUUGCUAAAGGCUUUUUUUUUUUUUUACCUGGCACAGAACAAAGGCAUCUCUCCAAAGAUGCUGAGCACCUGGAAGAGAAACUGUCCCAGUUAAUUCAGCAAUUCAGAGGCAGAGCCCCUGCUUACUUCAGGGGGAAUUUUCUUUUGUAAGCUCAGUCCCUCGAUUUGCACUUUCCACAGGGUGUCUGCAGUGCUGGAGUAGAUUCUCUCAUGUCAUAACACCCUAAACAAGAUUGAAAUCUCUGUGUUACACGACAGCAUCUCCAUGCACAGUGACACAGACGAUGUCCUUUUGAUUUCCUUCCCAAAGCAGGAGCCUGGGGGAGCAGCUGGCAGGGAUGCCCUGGAGUCCUCUGCUGAGUGGACUUUGCUCCUGCUGCUGGUUGGAAAUUAAAAGAUGGAAACCAGGGAGUACAGUUGCUGUUUCUGUUGCCCGCUGCUCGCUUGUCCUUUCUGACCUCUUCAGCUACAAAAUCGAAAUUUUAAUGACUUACUAAGUAAAAGCAUGAAACCAUUUACAAAGCGUGGAGAAAGGGUAUUUUGGAAUCUUCUCUUUUGGAACAAAUAAUUUUUGUGGCCUUGAUUUUUAUAAUUAGGACAAGGUAGUACAGACAUCCCCUCUUCCUAACAUUCACAUACACACUCAAGUGUGCUUUGUUUUCAGUGAGAAAACAUGGCAAGAGCAUCCCUUCCUCAAACAUGACAAGAUGGUUACUUCAGACACAGUUUUUCUAAAAAGCUUUCUAUUAUAAAAUCCUGCCCCAUGGAUAAAUCAUUUAACAUGUAACUGAUCCUAAAUUGUUUGGGAGGGGAAAGUUGCUUUUAUUUUGGUCCUUUUUCACCCUCCCAUUCAGCAACAGUUAAAAAGCUUUCUGCAAAAAGAAACUGUUCUGUGUGCAGAGUAAUGGACUGAACCAUCUUGCAAGACUUGAUUACAGUGGUAUGUGUGAGCACUGUGACAGGUUAUAUUAGCAGCAUUUCCAUUAUAUUGUACAUACUUUUGAAAUCCUCUACUUAGUCAUAUUUUAUAGGAGUAAUAAAAAGCUGUUGGCUAAUUAAUCACUUUUACACUUGUAUAAAUCAGAGCUUAGUUUAAAAAAAAAAUAAACAUGGCAAACAAUAUUGUUGUGUUCUGCUUGCGUUGGCAUUUUGAAAAGCAACGUGGAAAGAGGUAAAUGAAAUUAUUAAACUGAGAAGUGUGGUAUGCACCACUGCUCUCUUCACUGGUAGAUCUGAAAGUGCUUAAAAGUGUGAUGUGGGCCAAAUUCUGUUUCAACAGAAGUUAGAGGAGGGCAAAUACCUGUUCUGGCAGGAUAUGCCAUGUUCCAUUUUCAACUGUUGCAGCUUCACAGAGUCAUGUAAACUUGUACUGGAUUGCUGGGGAUUUGGCUAGGUGGAUGAAAAAGAAACAUAACAGCCCAAUCCCUGGCAAGCAACAGCACAUCCCUGACAGCUGAUGUGCUUUUUCCUCUGCUUGAAUAAGGGGCAUGGCAUCCAGCAGCUGUCCAAGCUGGGGAAUAAGUUCUGUUGACAUUAAUUAUAACAAAAAUGGUAACUAAUUGUUUGUAUGAGUGCCUGUAUGCCUGUACUUCAGUAAUUUGUACACACAAGUAGGCAGUGCUGAUUUAUACCUGGUGUUUGUGCAGCCAAAUGAUGCUGUGUGAUGCUAAAUCAUGGGAAUUAAGGGUGGUUUUGCCCAGUGCAGCAGGGGCCUGAGGCUUCUGAGGCUUCCAUGGUUCAUGCCUCUUUUUUUGGUUUUUUUUGUCCUCAAGACUUAAAAUCAAAGCAAGACAAGCAGUGAUUUAAGGACAUGUUGGAAAGUGCAGCACAGGCUCCAGCUCUGUAACUGGGUCUGGAGUUACCAACUCACUCCCUGAUGGUCAAUCCAACCCCUGAGCUCACAGGAGCUGGGUCCUUUUGCAUUGUAUGGAAUGAUGAAACCCCUGGCAAAAUUACAAGACAGAAAAUUACCUUUAUCCUGGCCCAAACCAGGACACCUGGUCAGGCUGGUGCUGUGACAGAUGAGACUUCUGGAACAGCUUGUUUGAAGGGAGGGCACUAUCUGUCACAGGUCUGGGGAGCUGGAGCAAGUUUUCUAUGGUAGAAGGGAUUUGAUGAGGUUAUUUGGGAUAUCCUGAUUAAAAUGCACGCAGGUUGCACUAAGAAAGUUUGCUAAAUUUAUUCUUGUUCUUUCUUUAGUGAUAAAAAUUUUACUGUGAAACAGCCACUUAAGAGUUUUGCUUAUACUGGUAUAAAUUUAAGACCUUUGGAUUGCCUUGGUUCCCUUCUGCCUAAGAAAUCAUAUUUAGUUCUGUUUUACCAAAAAGCAAAACCAGGUAUGGAUUCAAGUUGCAGACAGUCUCUAAUUUAUACUCAUCCUCAUGCAAUGCUCUUCAAUAAUUAACUGUGCUAGCAAAAAACUCCCACAGCUCCAAACCCAAGCUUUUGCUGUUUCAGCACAUCUUCUAGGGGGAGUACAGCAGCUUUAAAUAUUCCAGGCUCCUCUUUUUAAGAGAUAUAUUUUUUUUUUCCUAAUGUGAGCCAUGAUCUUUUUUUAAAUACAUAUAGACUGGCAUUCAGGAGUGAAGUGACAAGGGCAGGAGUGUUGUUAAAGCUCUUUCCCACAUGUCUGUUUGAAGUGUUGAGUGUAUUUGCUUUGGCUUUUGGCAGCUUGCACUGAUAGAGGUGGAACAGCAGCAGGAUGGAAGGGCAGGAGCCCUGAAUGCCUCCACUGCAGGGAUGCUCAGAAAGCAUUAAAAAAAAAUAGCCUUAAUUUGUCUCCCCCUUUUGUCAGGUUGUUCAGUUGCUACACAGAGAUUCUGGGGCUGCUGUAAGAGCCACCUGUGGACCCUUUUAAUACAGGUUGUGUACCUCUGCAGUAAUUACAAAGCCUAGAACUGAGGACAUUUCUUAGGGAGGCUCUUGGUGUAGUAAAGCUGGGAAAGCUGUGAAAUGUGAGCAGUCUCAAGGUUAGAAAACAAUUAAGAUAUUUAGAAUCUUAAGACAGACUCCAGGAUUUCAAUUCCUGUUGUUGAGAGCUAUGUUAAGAAGGGCCCAUUUACUGUCCCUGACUCAGGGGCUUUCUCACUCACCUGUGUAAGAGUAUCCAGCAAGAAAGAUUAAACUUCUCUGUUAUUAUACAGCCUCGUUUAAACAGAUUACUGUAACUGAUCAUUUAUCUAGUACAAGAAAGUUGUAUCCACAUUAGUGUCACACAGUGGUUUUCACUAUCCGGUUAAUGAAAGUAAAUGUUUUGAACCCAUUUUAGAGCAGAGUUCUUGUUCAGAAACUUCUGAAAGAAAUGCCAUUUGUAAUGACUGAUGGAUCUUUAAGUGUCAGUUUGACAAGUUGUCCUACUGUGGGUAGCUGCAGAAAUAUUUCAUGUAUGUUGUUGUAGAUUUAAAAACAUAACUCAUGUUUUAAUUCGAGUGUCUGCAUUUCUGACACAGAUGUGACAUAUCUGUAUAUAUUACAAAUCAAUACUAUUUUUAACCACAUAUUUUGUACAAAUAUUCACAUUAGCUCUGUACUUCAGUGAAAAUCUAUUAUGGUAUUAAACAUUUUGGUGGAAUUAGAAAAA